AUGACCGACAUGGAACAGGCACGCCUCGUUCGCUGGGCGCUCUCCAUGGCAAUCGACCGCGAGGGUAUCGUGGAAGUCCUUCAGGCUGGAUUGGGCACGCCCAUCUACCUUGAGCUUAUGGGACCCAAGUUCCCUGGCUGGAGGCCUGAGCGCACGGUAACCCAGUCGAUGAUUAACUCCUCCCACGAGAAGUACGGCAGCGACCUCCUCGGCACGGCACCGACUGGCCCGAGUACGAUGUCGCAGCCGCGGAACCCGACUACGAAUGGCCCUGGAAAAUUCCCACCGACUACUCUAGAGGCCGAGCGCAUUCUCGACCUGGCUGGCUUCCCCAGGCAGUCCGAUGGCACACGCUUUGAAAUCAGCCUCAACAAGUACCGCUGCGAGACCGGUGACGUCUGCCUUGAGCAGGCCGACGCCGUGGCAGCAGGCUGGGAAGACAUCGGCGUAAGCACCGCCCUCCUUACCGAGGAGUACGGCGCAGUCGUCGUCCCGCGCAUGCGCGACCGCACGCAGCCCUGGCCCGUAGUCAAGAACUGCAGCGUGGAAACCGCCAACUACCCGUUCGACUGGCCUCCGCCUCCUGCGGACAGCUCCUUCAGCCGCCCGGCUUGGGGUUGCUCGUUCGAGAGCCGCUUCCUUGACUACAUGUUUGUCGGCAUCAACGGCGAGCGAGACAAGCAGGCGCGCGAAGACCUCCACCUUGACAUGGUUGACUACUACUACUACUGGCAGCUCUACAGCGGCAUGGUUCAGCCGCCGCGCGGAGUCGCUGGCAACCCCGAGACCGUAGAAUCGUGGGGCUCACGCUCCACCGCCGCCGGUUUCUGGGGCAGGCCUCAGCACAUAGUCCCGGCGCAGUAG